AUGGCACACACAGAUGAACCCCUGCAUCGUAACAGUCCAAUGACUGACAGCAGCCGACCACCGAGUGCUAAAGCCUCUUUUCGUUCAUCCACUCCGUCUUUCACCAGCAAGGGAACCUCUUUGGUACCAAAGGGAGAUGGGAUUGACAUUGAAGAGAAGGAGGUGUGCAUCCCCAGCAGCUCUGGCCAUCUGAGGGAGCUCUUAAUCACCCCGGACAUCAGCAGUGCCACUGCAUUCCUACUGCACUACUUGAUGGACUCCAGCAAAGAUGAUGUCAUGUGUUUGGUCACCAUACUGGUGAUACGGUUGCUGUCGAAGAUCAGACCCUCAGCCCUAGAUGGACCCUCCCAACAGGCAGCAGACAUGACAGAAACAUCUCAGCAACUCAUCAGACAAGUCCUGUCUGAGUUCUGUGCUGCAUCCAGAUUCUCCAGGACACAGGCAUAUUCCCAGAACCUGCACAUCCACAGGGUGUUCAGAGGUGUACAUAAAAACCUCAUGGAGGAGUUUGGCUCUUAUAACACCCUGCAAGCAGCUAUUUCCUCCCAGGACCCUGCAUUUGACAGAGUCCUGGUAAAGUCCUUGACCCAGCAGCUGGUACAGGGAUGCAAGGAGGCAUCAAGACCAGCUUCUGCUGCAACAAACCCAUCAGACCAGGCUGAGACAGAGAGGGGGGCUGAGCAGAAAGCAAGAAGGAGCUUCCUUUGCUUUUCAAUGACCAAACUCAGGAUCAACUUCAAGCGUUCCAAGAGAGGAAACAAAAAGGACUGCCAUUCAGUCCAGGAACAGACUGAGAUUCCCUCUACUGAUGGACAUUGCACAGCCUUUGAGAUGGAGAGGCAGGAGAAUGAGUGA